AUGAGCCUGAUGGCUAAGGUCUUGUUGACAGGCUUCUUAACAGCACGCAGCGCCGAAGUGGGGCCUCAAGAGGCCACACAGAGCUUGACCGAUCUGAGAGCGUAUUUAGCGAAGCAUGGCAAAGAAGGCUUGACAAUGCCAGAUCCUGCAGGCAUGCGCCCUGUGCAUUGGGCAGCAUCCGGGGGCAACAUGCAGGUAAUGCAAGAGCUUGUCAGACAGGGCGCAGACCCCUGGGAUGGCACUGCCACUGCAGAAGAGCGCAACGCGCUGCACAUGGCCUGCAGUUCGGGUCAUGCCGACAUGGUGAAGCAUCUGCUGACGGAGCCAUUGCUGAAAGUGCGCUCCAGAGGCGCAUUCACGAAGAAGCAGGCUGCGGACUCGAGGGAUAAGCGGCAGACGCCCUGCGUGCACCUGGCAGCACUCGCUGGUCACGAGGACGUGUUGACCGUUUUGGCGCAGGCAGGAGCGGAUCUCCAGGCUGAAACAGAGCGUUCGGGUACACCACUGCAUGCUGCUGCGGCGGUUGGCCAGCAGGCGGUUGUUGAGAUUCUUGUGAAGCAGGGGGCAGAUCCCUGCGCCAAGAACGCAAAAGGGAAGACACCAAGGCAGCGCGCAGAGGACGAAGACAUGGACGAGGUGGUUCCCGUGUUGAAGCAAGCGGAGGCGGCCAAGGGAUGCGCACCGGCGAAGAAGGAGAAGAAGGAUACGAAGAAUAAAAUGAAGACGGUCACAAAGAAGGAGUUGUGA